AUGUCUGAAGAAACGCAACCAGAAGUACCAGUUCCGCAACCAAGCGAAGCAAACGGCGAAGAAGCUCCGAAAAUGGAAAAGAGCGAAAAAUGCGAGAAACCCGCGGAAAAGCCCGCAGAAAAACCUGCGGCCAGCGGAGCCUCGUUUGGCGCGACUUUUAAAAAGUUUUCCAAGUUCGGUGACUCCAAGAGCGAUGGCAAGACUAUUACCUUGAGCCAGAGUGAUAAGGAAAAGCUUCGUCAACCGUCGAUAGACUAACAGAUGUCUCAAAGUACACAGGCUCUCACAAGCAGCGUUUCGACGACUCGGGAAAGGGCAAGGGCAUGUCAGGACGAAAAGAUGUCUCUGAUUCCUCUGGGUAUGUCCAAGGAUAUGGGAAUAAAGACACUUAUACCAAACAGUAA